UGUUCAUAAUAAAAGCACCAAAACACACCGCUCCCUAGGAAGCAGCAUGGCGGCCGGCUCGAUUGAAAUCCCACUCCGGGAUACAGACGAAGUGAUCGAGCUUGAUCUUGACCAGCUACCAGAGGGAGAUGAAGUUCUCAGUAUUUUGCGCCAGGAAGUGGCUCCAUUGCACAUCUGGGUCACUCUUGCUCUGGAAUAUUACAAAUCCAAUUACGUAGAAGAUUUUGUAAAGAUCCUGGAUGCAUCCCGAACAGAUGCAGGGCUGGACUACCCCAAUUUUGAGCGUGACCAGAUGCGAGCCCUUGACACAUUGGCUGCAUACUAUGUACAGAAGGCUCACAAGGAGAAGAACAAGGACAAGAAGAGAGAGCUCUUCACUCAGGCCACCCUCCUCUAUACUACAGCUGACAAAAUCAUCAUGUACGAUCAGAGCCAUCUGUUGGGAAGAGCAUACUUCUGUCUGUUGGAAGGCGACAAGAUGGAUCAGGCUGAUGCCCAGUUUAACUUUGUGUUGGGCCAGACUAGUAACAACAUUCCGUCGUUACUGGGGAAAGCUUGCAUCGCUUUCAACAAAAAGGAUUUCCGAGGAGCCCUGGCUUAUUACAAGAAAGCCUUGAGAACAAACCCUAGCUGCCCAGCAUCUGUCCGACUUGGGAUGGGGCACUGCUUUGUCAAGCUCAAUAAGCUUGAGAAAGCAAGAAUGGCGUUUGAGCGAGCUCUCCAGUUGGAUCCUCAAUGUGUAGGUGCACAGGUCGGAAUGGCCAUCCUAGAGGUGAAUGCUAAAACACAGGAGUCAAUCAUGUCUGGUGUUCAGCUUCUGUCUAAGGCCUACACUAUAGACUCGUCCAAUCCCAUGGUCCUCAACCAUCUUGCCAACCACUUCUUUUACAAAAAGGAUUACCAAAAAGUGCAGCACCUUGCGUUGCAUGCCUUCCACAACACAGAAAAUGAAGCCAUGAGAGCGGAGAGUUGCUACCAGUUGGCACGUGCUUUCCACGUACAGAAUGAUUACGACCAGGCUUUCCAGUAUUACUACCAGUCAACACAGUUUUCACCCUCCAACUUUGUCUUGCCUUUCUUUGGACUGGGACAAAUGUACAUCUACCGUGGAGACAAUGAAAAUGCCUCCCAGUGUUUUGAGAAGGUGUUAAAGAUCCAGCCUGGAAAUUACGAGACCAUGAAAAUCCUUGGCUCAUUGUAUGCAAACUCACAGGACCUUGGAAAAAGAGACACCGCCAAGCAACAUUUGAAGAAAGUAACAGAACAGUUCCCAGAUGAUGUGGAGGCGUGGAUAGAACUCGCCCAGAUAUUGGAACAGACAGAUGUACAGGGAGCUUUGUCUGCGUAUGGAACUGCUACAAGGAUCCUUAAAGAGAAAGUAGAAGCCGAUGUACCACCGGAGAUCCUUAACAAUGUGGCUGCUCUCCACUUUAGACUCGGUAACCUACAGGAGGCUAAGAAAUGUUAUGAAGCAUCUUUGGAACGAUCAAAGAGCGACGCUCAGCAUGAUGAGACAUAUUACAGUGCAAUAUCUGUUACAACAACAUAUAACCUUGCCCGACUACACGAGGCCACUCACGAGUAUGACGAAGCCGAGAGAUUAUACAAAAACAUUCUACGAGAACAUCCCAACUAUGUUGACUGUUACCUGCGACUGGGCUGUAUGGCCAGAAACCGUGGCCAGAUUUAUGAAGCUUCUGAUUGGUUCAAAGAAGCAUUGCAGAUCAACCAGGAUCAUCCAGAUGCUUGGUCAUUGAUUGGAAACCUGCAUUUGGCCAAGCAGGAGUGGGGACCUGGACAGAAGAAGUUUGAACGCAUCAUCAGCCGGCCUAACACCAAGAAUGAUGCAUACUCACUGAUUGCUCUCGGCAACGUGUGGUUGUCUUCACUCCAUCAGCCAAUGAGAGACAAGGACAAGGAGAAACGUCACCAGGACCGGGCCCUGGCCAUGUACAAACAAGUGCUGAGGAACGAUGACCACAAUAUCUGGGCAGCCAAUGGCAUAGGGUGUGUCCUUGCACACAAGGGCUGUAUAAACGAGUCUCGUGAUGUUUUUGCCCAAGUGCGUGAAGCUACCGCUGACUUUUGUGAUGUUUGGCUGAAUAUUGCCCAUAUCUAUGUGGAGCAAAGACAGUUUGUGGCUGCUGUACAAAUGUACGAGAACUGCCUUAAGAAGUUUUACAAGUACCACAACAUGGAGGUGAUGGUUUACCUGGCCAGAGCCUACUACAAGUGUGGCCGCCUCCGCGAGUGUAAGAACAUCCUGCUGAAGGCACGCCAUGUUUCCCCCAGUGACACUGUACUGUUGUACAACAUUGCCCUGGUUCAACAGAAGUUAGCCACAUCCAUCUUGAAAGAUGAGAAGAGUAGCUUGAAAACAGUCCUGUGUGCUGUGCGAGAUCUGGAACUUGCCCAUAAGUACUUUUGCUACCUCAGUCAGCAUGGCGACCGGAUGAAGUUUGAUCCAGCUCAAGCUGAGGCAGAAGCCAGACAAUGUUCCGAUUUACUCAGUCAAGCUCAAUACCAUGUAGCAAGAGCACGCAAGAUUGACGAAGCAGAACGUGAAAUGAGGAAACGACACGAGGAAGAAAGAGAGGCUAUCAGAGAGAAGCAUAGACAAGAUGAGGAAGAGAAACAAAAGGUCAGGGUGGAGAAAGGUCGGCGCAUGAUGGAGGAGCGAGCCAAGAUUGUGGAGAAGGCCAAAAAGAUUGCACUGGAACCAGAGGUGGAGGAUAAACCUCGUAAAAGUGUGGGCAGGAGGAAGAAGCACAAUGAUGAUGGUGAGAUCCUUUCAGAGAGUGGCGACGAAGCACCGAGAAGGAAAAGAAGGAAGAAGUUUGACAGUGGAUCUGAUGGUGAAGGGGAACGAGAACGGGGCAAGAAAAAACGCAAGAGGGCAACAGGAAAGUCGAGACGAGGUGGCGAUGACAGUGAUGAUGAUGAUGACCGUCCAGCAAGGAAACGAAAGGGGAGGAAAGAAAAGGUGUCAAAGAAAAAACUGGAUGAAGAUGGGCUCACAGCAAAACAGCGCCGAAAGGUCGUCUCCAAGGAGAUCAUAUCAUCCAGUGAAGGGUCCGACUCUGAAGGAGCAAGGAGACUCAAAAUUGAUGAUCCUGGCAGUGACUCCGAGAAAGAGGAAGGUGUCGGAAGGAAUCGGCGAAUUUUGUCCUCUGCUAGCAGUGGUGAUGGUAGCGGUUCAGACAAUGAGAGGAAUUCUGGUUCGGGCUCGGACAGUGGACGCUCACGCAAGAGUUCACGUUCAGGACGAGGCUCAGGCUCUGGAUCCAGUUCAGAGAGAGGUUCACCUCGUAGAUCUGGAAGUGAAUCUGAUAGAGGGAGAAAAAGUGGAUCAGACAGUGAUUCUGGUGGAGGUCGAAGGUCACUUGCAGGGUCAAAAAGUGGCAGUGAGGCUGGUUCGGCACCAGGGUCACCAGCUGGUUCAGAAAGUGGUGGUGGAUCGCCUGCUAAAUCUGCCUCGGACAGUGAUUGAUACAGUACAACCCCAAAUUUUUGACUCAGAACAUGAUCUGUGUACAACUCUGAAUACACUACACUGAAUUUCAUUUCUCAUACCUCUGUGGUAAUCGUCAAAUUACCUGGUGUUUUACAAACCUGUAGUUGGUCAAUGUGUGACCAGUACCCAGGUAUUGAUUUAUGGAUUAGGUGACUCGAUGUGGUAGGACAACUGUUUUGAUAAUAAGUAUCAUUUGUUACUUAUUGUAAUGAUUUAUACCAAUAAUAGGAUGGAAGGAUUAAAAUAGAUUUGAAAAGGUUAAAUAUUCAAACUUUAAACUACUCAGCAAUGUCUCUUCCAGAAACUAGAAUAAAUAAAAUGUACAAAUUAUCCGAGAUCAUUUUAAUCAUAUCGUAACCUGAUAAUUUAUUCUUGCUUGUAACAGCAUUUUCAUUGGCUUAGAAAUAUAGGUAGCCAGCCCAUAAUGUGAAAAAAUUAUGUCAUCGUUUGUAAUGCACUUUUAGUUGGUGAAUAUAGCGGUAAAAUAACUUCUAUUAAGAGAAAGGAGUCCUCCACCAAUUAAAGUAAAUUUUCACAGAGAUUAUGUUAAAUAGAUCAACCAGAAUAUUUUUUCUUACGUUUAUGGAGCCAUUAUAGAAAAAACCACUGGAAAGAAUUGAGCCAAAUCAUACCUUGUACUCAUUACACUUUCUGCACACUAUUUCUCUACCAAGUAAUGUGUGUUUAGUAUCAUGGUACAAAUAUGUUCAAAUUUGUGAUACUGCCAUCAAAAUUAGAUCACUCCAAAAUAAGUAGCUUUAUUUUUGCUGGCAAAAAUGAAUAUUAAACAAACCAAGCUACUUUUGUUCAUUGAGAUUUAUCCUAAUAUAUUUGUGUAAACUUUCUGAUUUUUAAAAAAUAAUGUAGCAUUUUUUUUUUAUUUCCUCUUUGUACCAGGAUUUGGAUAUGAAGUAAGAGGAGUGUCUCUUGAAAGACAGAUGUUAUAUAAAAAUGAAGUAUCUUGAAUUUAGGAGUGUAUGUAGCCCACAGGACAGAUCAGCUCGUCAAUCUAUAGAUACUGUCUUGGUGAGAUAAUCAGUCCCUUAGUUUACAGCAUUUUCCUUAAGAAACUUGGAAGACUCACCAUCACUAUACAUGUAUAUAGGGAAUCCAGAUCCCAGAUUUUGACAGAGUUGUUGCCCUUUAUGUAUAUGAGUACUGCAUUCUUGUAAAAUUACUGCAUAUUUGCUGCUUUUAAAACAUUUUCAUUGUUCUUUCUUUAAAUAUAUGUUCUGACAGACAUCCCUCAUUUUACUACAGUAAAAUAAGAUAGAGUAAUUGUAUUAAUGAAAUGCUUAUUUUUUUGCUUUGGUGUUAUCUUAAAAGAAUCAUGGGCCGAAUGGGUGGGAAUAUUUUUGUUUUACUUUCAUUAAUUAAGACAUUUUUGUCCAAAAUGACAAAUGGAUGAGACAAGUUCUUACAACUUGCGAGCUCUUCUCUAUCAAUGCAACAUAUACAAUCAAAUUUGCAUCACAUAACACAUUACUCGUAUACAGAAGUAAUUUUACUUAGAAAAAAUUAAAAAAAAUGCAUUUUGUUACUUUCAUUGACAAGCAACAGUAUCCAGAUAUGUGAAUGAAAAAGCGAAAAUGGACAUAGAUAAGGUAUAUAGAAAUUGGAUAUUUAUGGAAAUAAAUUUGACUUCCCAUCAUUCAC